AUACAGCUGUUGACUUCAGUCAGUAAUCGAUUCGUACUUCACUCGUGGCUUGACAACACAGGCAGUUUUGGACGCUCACGAUAUAGGCCCGAAGAUGACUCUGCAAUGGACGCUGACCGCUGGAUGUCUGUACGUGGAGAUUGGAGUCACCGUGUUACUUCUUUGUCCAUGGAUCUCUCCCACGCUAUGGCAGAGACUGUUUCGGUCCCGAUGGUUAUUCGUGGUUACAGAUUAUGCCAAAUAUUACUUUUGGGCUACAGUUGUGGUCCUAAUCUUUGUGUUUAGAGGUUCUCUUCUCGACAACUGGAAGUACAGUGGCUCUGUGAGGGGUCAGGAGUUGAAGAUGUCCACGGAGACCCGGAUGUUGGCGCAGUCUAAGAUGUUUCGAGCGCAACGAAAUCUGUACAUAUCUGGAUUUGUUCUUCUCUUGGCAUUUGUGAUCGGACGUCUUGUAGUUCUACUUUCUGCCAACGCUGACAUGAUCAACAGGCUGAAGAGUAGGGAAGAUACCAAUAUGGCGUCCAACAACGCUCAGCAGCAACAGUUACGGCAAUCCCAGUCGUCAACAGCGAGGAGACGGAUCACUGACACAGUGGAGGGUUAACGUCUGGUGCACUGUGACAGGACUAUCAAUGAAACUGCAUCCUGUUUAAUAAGUUUCGUUCUUAAACACCAGUUUACCAUCAUGAUUUCUUAAAGUUCAUAAACUGCUUGUAACUUGUAGCUUAACGUCAGGUCCAGUAGAGAGAACACAACGAACCGACGCUUCUAAUAGUAGACUUUCGUGGCCAAAAAGGGAUUUCUGUAUCUGUCACAAACAGUUUAAUUAUAUAUGUUUUGCUAUUUGAAGUAUAUUGGGUAGAACGUCACGGUGACGAGAGUCACAUUAUGGGUUUUGUAGUGAGUAUGGUUUUACGCCGCUUUUAGCAAUAUUCCAGCAAUAUCACGACGGGGGACACCAGAAAUGGGCUUCACACAUUGUACCCAUGUGGGGACUCACAUUCGGGUCUUCGGCGUGACGAGCGAACGCUUUAACCACUAGGCUACCCCACCGCCCCGUUAACGAUGUGUAAUUUUGCAAGUAUUAUUCUUAGACUGAGAAGGAAUAUGAGAUAAAAUCUCCAAUUAUAUUAAACUAUGACAUAUUAUUACCUAAUGCAAUACUUUAAAAUGUUUAUGAGCUUUUCAUUAUCCCCCUUUGUGACCUUAUAUUACAGUUUACUCAUCAUAAAUGGCGUCCAUAGGCCCAUGGUACAAGACAUUUGUGCCUCAACAAUGUGAUUUCCUGUUUACAAUGACAGAGGCGGAUCAAGGGUGGUGAAAGAGGGGAGGGGGAGGAGGAGGGGAGCAUACACAACUCACGCACGACGUGAGGGUGCAGUUAACGUGUGGGGGUCAGAAAAGAAGGAGAUCUAGAUCUGUCUGUGAGUGGCAGGGUUAAUAAAUAGAGUAACAUUUUCAAGUUAUCAAAUAUUCGUGGUUGGUAACAAUAAAACAUAUAUAUUUCUAGAUGGAAUAUGUGCUUUUGGGGAAUAGUGUGGCUUCUCAUGUCAUAAAUUCGGAACGGAAUUUCCCUUCAAGUCACAAACUAUUGAACGGAAUUGUGAUACAUCUGUCUAUAUGUUCUUAAUGUCAAAACAUUGAAGGUAAGUUUCACAGACAGGUUUUGAAUAAACACAGACUAUGUAUAGUGCAAGAUAUAAAUAGCGUUCAAGUCUUGAUGAAAUCAAUAUUUGGAUCUUUGUUUGUGACACGAAACCACACCGAGUUGGUUGCUGAAAGGAAACUGGGAAUUACCGAUGGAAUUAACGAUAAUAGGGGUGCGCUAAAAUUGUAAUGUCCAUGAACUUUGUAAUUCGCUUUUCGGACACAAUGUUCUACACAAACUUGGAACGGGGGCAUCAUAGCUUUUCUAACCUUCAUUUAACCAUACCGUUACAUGAAAACUGACCACCUCCGGAGACUAGCGGAUACAGCGCCCGCUCUGAAGCUCGUUUGUUCGAUCGUUGGUCAUUACCAAAGGACGUCACAAGAUGGUACUUGUUGAUUUCCUGCUUGGCGCUCCGCAUUUAAAGGAUAAAAUAAGGACUGGUCGGGUCAGUGUUAGUAAUUUGUAUAGCAUGGUAUACACACGUGCAUGUA